AUGAGUGAAACGGAAGAACCUAUGGACACAGCGAACGAGAAAAAUGACUCGGAAAAUACUACACCAACGAAACGAUCGGCAGUUAUCAAACGACAAAAGGAGAAACUUGAAGAAAAAAAAGAUGCUGAUGAAUUAGAAGAAGAACUCGGUGGGACAGAUGAUUUGCCUGAAGGAGAAGAUGAAGAAGAUUCAGAUCAAGAAUAUACAACGAAAAAGAAGAAACCAAUUAAAAAACCCGAAACCGUUCUCGAUCCGGCUUUUCAGAGUCGAUUGAAUGAAGAUCAAGUCAAACGGUUCAAUUAUCUAUUGGAGCAAACGGAAAUUUUCUCCCAUUUCGUCCAAGACGGUCAACUAAAUAAACAUGCGAAAGGUGCUGGUCCGACAUCGCCAUUAAAAAUGAAGACACAAGCAAAAAAGCCCACAGCAUCAAAUGCUGCAAGUAGUGGAGAUCAUCGUCAUCGAAUGACAGAAGAAGAAGAAGAUGCCGAAUUGUUAAGCGACGCUAAAGAAUCGGAAAAGCUCAGUUCCAUAACUCGAUUCGACCAGUCACCAUGGUAUGUGAAAGGAGGUGAAAUGCGUGAUUAUCAAAUUCGUGGUUUGAAUUGGAUGAUUUCGUUGCAUGAAAAUGGUAUUAAUGGCAUUCUUGCUGAUGAAAUGGGUUUGGGUAAAACACUUCAAACAAUCUCCUUACUUGGUUACAUGAAAUUAUGUCGCAAGGCUGUUCCACAUUUGGUUAUCUCACCUAAGUCAACAUUAAGAAAUUGGAUGAAUGAAUUGAAGCGUUGGGUACCAGCAUUGAAUAGUGUUUGCCUGAUUGGUUCUCAAGAAGAGCGUAAUCGUGUUAUCCAAGAAGAAAUCGAACCCGGUGGUUGGGAUGUUCUCGUCACGUCCUAUGAAAUUGUUUUGCGAGAAUCGGCUGUUUUGAAAAAACAUAAUUGGUCUUACAUCGUGAUUGAUGAAGCUCAUCGUAUCAAAAACGAACAAUCGAAACUAAGUAAAAUGGUGCGUUUACUCAAAUCAACCAAUCGACUUUUAAUUACGGGUACACCGUUACAAAACAAUCUCCAUGAAUUAUGGGCAUUGUUGAACUUUCUUUUACCUGACGUUUUCGAUUCCGCUGACGAUUUUAAUGCUUGGUUCGACACGCAAAAAUGCUUAGCUGACGAUAAAGAUCUCGUCGCGCGUUUACACGGAAUCUUGAAACCAUUUUUGCUACGACGUUUGAAAAGUGAUGUCGAGAAAAAAUUGCCACCCAAAAUCGAAACCAAGCUUUACGUUGGCCUGGCACCACUACAACGACAAUGGUAUACGAAAAUUUUAAUGAAAGAUAUCGACAUCUUAAAUAGUGCAAGCGGCAAACUAGAUAAGAUUCGAUUGUUGAAUAUUCUCAUGCAACUGAGAAAGUGUGCAAAUCAUCCGUAUAUCUUCGAUGGAGCCGAACCAGGCCCACCGUAUACGACCGAUAAACAUUUGAUAGAUAAUUGUGGUAAAAUGCUUAUCUUAGACAAACUUUUAACCAAAUUGAAAGAGCAAGGCUCACGGGUGUUAAUUUUCAGUCAAAUGACACGAAUGUUGGAUAUAUUAGAAGAUUAUUGUAUUUGGAGAAACUUCGAAUACUGUCGUCUGGACGGUCAAACAUCGCAUGAAGAUCGACAAAUGUCUAUUGAUGCAUACAACAGUCCAAAUAGCACGAAGUUUGUAUUCAUGCUCUCAACACGCGCUGGUGGUUUAGGUAUUAACUUAGCAACAGCUGAUGUUGUCGUCUUGUAUGAUAGCGAUUGGAAUCCCCAAGUAGAUUUACAAGCUACUGAUCGUGCGCAUCGCAUUGGUCAAACGAAAACAGUUCGUGUUUUCCGUUUAAUUACUGAACAUACUGUCGAAGAACGCAUUGUUGAACGUGCUGAAAUGAAAUUACGUCUCGAUCAUGUUGUUAUUCAACAAGGUCGUUUACAAGAAGCAGCAACAAAAUUAGACAAAGACGAAAUGUUGUCGAUGAUUCGUCAUGGUGCGACACAUGUGUUUUCGUCGAAACAAGAUGAAAAUGAAUUGGAUGUCGAUAUUGACUUGAUCUUGGCGCAAGGUGAACAAAAAACCAAAGAAUUGCGAGAAAAGUACGAAACUAUGGGCGAAAGUCAAUUGAGAAAAUUUACCAUUGAUAAUGAAAAUACGGGUGGAAGUAAUAAUGGUGGAUCCGGUGAUGGCACUGAUGCUGGUGGAGGUUCAAUUUACAAGUUUGAAGGUGAAGAUUAUCGAGAAAAACAAUCCUCGACUCUGGGUAUCAAAUGGAUUGAACCACCCAAACGUGAACGUAAAGCGAAUUAUGCAGUCGAUGCAUACUUUCGAGAAGCCUUACGAAUGAGUGAACCACGUGCACCAAAAGCACCUCGACCGCCGCGUCAACCUAAUGUUCAAGAUUUUCAAUUCUUUCCUCCGCGUCUCUUCGAACUGCUCGAUCGAGAAAUCUACGCAUUUCGAAAAUCCAUCGGCUACAAAGCUGUACGUGAUCCAGAUCUUGACGAACAAGAAGGUAAACGACAACAGCAAGAAGAACAAAAGAAAAUAGAUGAAGCCGAAUCGUUAAAUGAAGAUGAACAAUACGAAAAAGAGCAAUUGCUUCAGCAAGGCUUUUGUAAUUGGACUAAACGUGAUUUCAAUCAAUUUAUCAAAGCAAAUGAAAAAUACGGUCGUGAUGAUCUCGAAGCCAUUUGUCGUGACGUCGAAGGUAAGACACCGGACGAGGUCAUGUCUUAUGCCCGAGUGUUUUGGGAUCGUUGUCAUGAAUUAACUGAUGUCGAACGUAUCAUGGCACAAAUUGAACGAGGUGAGACGAAAAUUCAUCGACGUAUCAGCAUUAAAAAAGCACUGGAUGCCAAAAUGGCUCGCUAUAAAGCCCCAUUCCAUCAACUACGUAUUCAAUACAAUACGAAUAAAGGCAAAAAUUAUACUGAAGAAGAAGAUCGCUUUCUUCUUUGUAUGCUACAUAAGCUUGGUUUUGACAAAGAAAAUGUUUACGAAGAACUUCGUUACGCCAUUCGUCAAUCACCACAAUUUCGUUUUGAUUGGUUUCUGAAAUCUCGCACAUCAAUCGAAUUACAACGACGCUUGAAUACAUUAAUUACAUUUGUUGAACGGGAAAAUCAAGAACUGGAAGAACGUGAACGAGCUGAAAAGAAGAAAGGUCGCGCAUCAACCAAAAAUAGCAAUGCUCUCAAUUCAUCACAAAAUUCGCAAUCAACACCUGCCGCAAAGGUCAAUGGUAAUCAGAAACGUAAACCUGAUGCUUUUGUAAAUGCAUCGAACAAUUCACCAGCUAAGCGAAAGAAGAAAUGA